UACUUUAGUAACUAAUCAGUACUCCCCAUUGAGCAGUAAAGCCAGUCAAAGAUUCAGAUUCGCUUUCAUGCUUACUAGAGUGCAUCUUGAAGUGAAACAGCGCAGUGCGAGCUUCAAACAAGAUUAGGCGUUAUUAUUGUUAAUAAUAGUUAUAGACAAAAUACCGGAUAUUCGUCAAUGACAAUGUUUUGCCCCGCAAAAUUUUGUAUAUUGCUGUUCGCAGUGAAAUUCGCUUCGGGAUUAGAAUUCGAGGAGUUCAUCAGAUGGAAACAAGUUGCAUAUGAGUCGAUCCCGGAUGCAUCUUAUCUUACACCUGACUUUGUUUUUCCUGAAUACGCGGCUGUUCCUGGCGAUGACUCCUACAUACCAUAUAAUAACGUACCGCAAGGAGUAAAUCACUACAAGGGAAGAUUAUUCAUAACCAUGCCGCGACGCAGCCCUGGGGUACCGUCAACCCUCAACUACAUCGAUCUUAAACAGACGAAAGCAGGAGAUAGCCCCAGACUAAAAUCGUAUCCAAACGCUGAGAUAAAUAGUCUACGCAGUACCCUCAAACCUGGACAAAAAAGGCUUAUUUCUGUUUACAGGACGCGUCUAGAUCCCUGCCACAGGCUUUGGUUUGUAGACACAGGCAUGUUGGAAUACCCAAAUAAUAGAACUCAAGUUCAACGACCAUCAAUAUGGAUAAUGAAUCUACUAACCGACGAAGUCAUAAGCAGAUAUGAGGUCCCAGAAAGCAUCGUUGUAGAAGGAAGAGGUUUAGUCAGUAUCACACCAGACAUCACAAAGGGAAAGUGUGAUGAAGCUUACGGUUAUAUUCCUGAUUUAGUGCAGCCGGCAUUACAUGUUUAUAGCCUAAAAGACAAUCGAAUGUGGACAUUCCGACAUAAUUAUUUCUAUUUUGAUCCACAAUCGGGCGAUUACAACAUAGCUGGGCAACAAUUUCAAUGGAGAGAUGGAAUCUUUUCGAUCACGCUCGGAGACGAAAACAAAGAAGGCUUUCGGGAUGCUUAUUUUCACCCACUUUCCAGCACUUCCGAGUUUGCGGUUUCUACGAAAGUUCUACGCAAUGAAACAAACGCUAGAAGACCACACCAAGGAGAAGAUUUCAAGCUUUUAGGUGCUCGAGGGAAAGACAUGGAAUCUUCUGUUCACGUUUAUGAUCCUCAUACGAAAGUUUUAUUCUAUGCGCAGAUAGCACUCAGCGGAAUAGGAUGCUGGAACACCCAGAAAAGAUUUGCAAGUCAGAACCAUCAUCUAAUUCAUCAAAAUCUACAAACUAUGAUUUAUCCAAGUGAUAUAACUGUUGAUAUGGAUGGCACCCUCUGGGCAAUGACAAAUUCUAUGCCAGUUUUUAUCUAUUCAAAGCUAGAUACGAAUCAAUACAAUUUCCGUGUGUGGCGACAAGAAGCUGGAAAAGCUAUUCAAGGCACAGGAUGUGCAUUAUAAUUUAGUAAAACAGGUCAAAAGAUGGGAAAACAAUGAAAUUAAGAAUGUACUUUUUAUGAAUAUCACUUUUGCAUAAACUGG